AUGGACGACGAAUACAAUGUACUGUCUACUGGAUUCGCCGAUGACGACGGGGAACUUCAAUAUCCAGAUGAUGACAGAGAGCCAUUAGCAGUGAUUUCAAACGGAGACACUGAAAAUCAAAGACUAUCAGAAGUCAGAGGGGCUCUUGAGGAAGUCGGCUUUGGAAGUCGUAAGCGACGUUUGAAUGACAUCGAAGAUGUAUUUGACAAGAAUGGUAGACGAACACAUCCGAUGGAUUGGCAUAUGAGAAUGGAGCCCGUGGCACCUGAUGUUGCUGAAAAGUCCCAGAUGAACGCCGCAAAACGAAGAGCUCUUGAGAGUUUGGAGCAGAAAAUUAACGAAGCUAUCGUGGAAGCAGAAGCUAUUAAAGAAAAUGAUCCAGAGAAUUUCGGAGCUGAUGGAGAACAGACAAUUUAUUCCCUAUGCGAACAAGAAAUGUCAAGAAGAUAUCACAGGAGAAAGGAAGUCAUGAAGAAUCCUCCAACUGACGGCUCCCCUUGGAUCGGUGUCAGCGACGUUCUCAGAGGCCAACGUUUUUAUAUUCGAACUUUCCGUGAAGAUCGUUCUUCUGUUCCGCUGGUAGAAGCUAUCACACAACAAGCUACGCGUUCUCGAGUUGGUUAUCGAGCAUUCCAAGCAAUUUGCGAAGAAGCAGAAAAUAUUCGAAAAGAGAAAGAACAGAAUUGUGUGAAGCAACAAGAGUUAGAAUUUUCUCGAAUGCUCGAAGAAUCAUCUGAACUGGAAACAAUGACAACAUCACAUGUCGAAUCUUCACUGUGGGUUGACAAAUACAAAGCAAAAAACUUCUCGGAUUUGUUAUCAGAUAAUACUGUGAAUCGGAAUAUUUUGGCAUGGCUGAAAAUGUGGGAUGAAUGUGUUUUCCAUAGAAAAGUUGAUGAUCUCCUGUCAAGUCUCGGUGAGAAAGAACGAGAGGUACUUCAAAUGGAUAACGGAAAGAUAAGGCGACCUUUAUCGAAAAUGUUGCUUAUUUCUGGACCAGCAGGUCUUGGAAAAAGUACUCUGGCUCGAGUUGUGGCCCGACAAGCAGGAUAUGCAACAAUUGAUGUUAACGCAAGUGACGCUCGAACAGUCGCAGAUCUCAAUAAAGUACUGGAAGGAGCUGUAAAGACUUCGCGAACACUGGACGCUGAUCAAAGACCAGCCUGCUUAAUUCUUGAUGAAAUUGAUGGAACUCCGAUUGACACGAUUCGACAUUUAGUUCGGUGUUUGCAAGCAACUGGAAAGAAAGCGGUGCGACGCCCAAUUAUUGGUAUUUGCAAUAACUUGUGA